CCAUCCUAAAACAAACAUAUCCAUAGUUUCUAUCCUCUCUUCCUGUACGGUAAUCUUCUUCAAUUCGCCGGUAAUUCAUCUUCUCUGAAAAAUUACAUGCCCAUCUCUUGAGCUUACGAAUUCGCAAUGUAAUGCUGCUGGAAAGAAUUUCAAGCCGAUCGUGUUGCCUGCAACGCCGGCUGAUUUUCAAUCCAUCUCCGUUUAGUUUCUUCCAUCAGAACUUAAAGUGACUGGAUUCUGUACAGAGGCGCAGAUUUACUAUGGUUUACCUCUCUCAGUAGUGGAAUCUGAUGUUGAUCUAUUAGAAGCCCCCUUUCUUUGUUGGCUCAGGCGUUCAGGGUGAAAUUUCAUCUUUCUUACUUGCCAUGAUGUUUAGCUAGAGAUUGUGAUUAUUCAGAGGCCUUCUCAAUAAAUAUAUUUCCAUCAUUUUGAUAUGAUAAUAACAUAUAGGCACAAUCUUGAGCCAUUGUGUUCAAAUGUAAGAAGCAUGUAUCACCGCCGAUUAGCAGCAAAUUAUUCGUUUAUAUGUGCUUCUUCCAUCUCUAAAUGUGGCAAUUUGUUUGUCCAUUUGCAUUCCCAUUACCAUAGCAUAUGCUGUUUUCAAGUUCAGUUCCACAACUUGACAAAAUCCUUACAAGUUUCCACAAAAGAGGGUUUCAAAGUGUACAGGAAAUGUUUUAUGCCGGUUUCUUUCUAUUCUUCUACUGCAACCAGACGUCUGAUGGGUCCCCCGACAAGGUCUCUUAGAAGGAGAAUGCGCAAACGAGCUUUGGCUGCCUCCAAACCUGUUCUCGAUGAAUCCCGUGUCCAAAAGGCAAUGGAAAAACUCCCACCUCGGUUCACCCCUGAAGAUCUGUACAAUGUCAUGAGCGUAGAGGAAGACCCGUUGGUGUGUUUAGAACUGUUCAACUGGGCAUCAACUCAGCAUAGGUUUAGGCAUGAUGUCUUGACCUACCACGUAACCAUAAAAAGGCUCGGUGCAGCAAGUAUGUAUAAGGAGAUGGAUGAUAUUGUCAAUCAAGUUCUUUCUGUCCCCUAUAUUGGUUCUGAGGCACUUUUCAAUACGAUGAUACACUACUUCAUAAAAGCUAAGAAGUUGAUUAGGGCUGUGAAUAUAUUCAAGCACAUGCAAAACAGUAUGAAAAUGGAUUGCAGGCCAUCGAUCAUAACUUACAAUAUUCUCUUUUCUGGUCUGCUGACUGUGGGAAGGAAUACUUAUAUAAGUUACAUGUAUAUGGAAGCUGCUCGUAACCUAUUUAAACAGAUGAUCAAUGAUGGGAUUGAACCGGAUGUCUUCUCCUUGAAUUAUAUGAUAAAGGGAUAUGUUCUUUCACUUCAUGUGAAUGAUGCUCUUAGGAUAUUUCACCAGAUGGGUGCUGUCUAUAAAUGCCAUCCAAACUCUUUUUCGUAUGAUUAUCUGAUCCAUGGAUUGUGUGCACAAGGCAGAACAAAGAAUGCCCAGGAGCUCUGUGACGAAAUGAAAAUGAAAGGGUUUACCCCAAGUAGCAAAUCAUACAACUCUCUGGUGAAUGCCUUUGCUCUGGGUGGAGAGGUAGAAAAUGCAGUGGAGUAUUUGUGGGAGAUGAAUGAAAACCAACGAACGGUUGACUUCAUCACCUACCGGACAGUGGUUGAUGAAAUAUGCCGUCAACAGAGUGUACAGGAUGCUGUGUGUUUUUUGAAGGAACUGCAAGAGAAGAACCUUGUUGGUGGUUAUUCUUAUAAAAGGCUUGUUUAUGAACUUGAAGACAGUAAAUAUUAAGUCGCUUGGGCUUUGUCCGUGUCACAUUUUAUGUUCUUCCAAUGGCAUGCGUGUACGGUGACAGAGCUUUGGUCAUUCGUCUUGUUUUAAUUAAGAGAUGAUACCAUCAUAGUAAACAGCAGUAGGAGGGGCUCUCUCGAGAAAUUUUAUCAUAUUUCUCGGCAAAAAUAUCACUUCAAGCUAAGAUUAAUUAUGUCACGCAUUUCUUGCAAAGAUUUUGCAGAGAUCACUUGUUUCAGGUCAUCAAACUCCCUAACGGGUUUGGAACUGGAAUUUGGAUUUGAGAUAAAUUCCUCGAAGGUGUUCUUUUUCUUGUCUAAUACUCCGUAUUUGAGUGUAGUCUGCUAGUGACAGUAGCUUGUUUUUUGGAAUUUUGUCUGUAUGAUUUUUCAUGUUACGAAACAUAUUUUCGGUUUUCAUGGCAUUCAUUUGUUCUCCCAGAGCUGCAAUAUCC